GCCUUGUAAGGAAGUAGAGGAGGAGGAGGAGGACGACGAUGAGCAGCAGCUCUGCACCGCUGGCCAUGUUUAGAGUCUCUCAGCCAUCCUGCACUGCCACAAACAAUGCCUGCUUCUGCUAAAUUUAAAUCUGGACAGCUUAUCUUCCUGCUCUCACUACGCCACGCUCACUCUCCCUCACCACACACACACACACACACACACACACGCACACACACUCACACACACUCACACAGGCACAGGAUUCUCACAGGAGAAGACAGCAGGAGAUCAGGCAUAAAACACCUCCUCAGGUAACAUGGGACCAUCAGAUGCUCUGUUCUUCCAUCCUUUAUCAGAGAAACUCGCUCUGUUCUUCAUCUUCUUCUCCCCUGAGUUCCUCCAGGUUGCUGCUGGAGGCUCCACUCUUCAUGAAGCUUUAGUUCCAGUCAAUCACACAGAGUCCUGUGCAGGUAGCUAUGAGUGUAAGGAGGGAGUGAUCCUGCCCAUAUGGAGGCCAGAAAAUCCUUCGUUUGGAGACAAGCUGGCGAGAGCCACCAUUUAUUUUGUGGCGAUGGCCUACAUGUUCCUUGGGGUCUCCAUCAUUGCUGAUCGCUUUAUGGCAUCCAUUGAGGUCAUCACCUCGCAGGAGAAGGAAAUCACCAUCAAGAAGCCGAACGGAGAAACCACGACCACCACGGUGCGCAUCUGGAACGAAACGGUGUCCAAUCUGACCCUGAUGGCUUUGGGAUCGUCUGCUCCGGAGAUCCUGCUCUCGGUGGUGGAGGUUUGUGGACACAACUUUGAAGCAGGUGAGCUGGGACCCAACACCAUCGUGGGCAGUGCCGCCUUCAACAUGUUCGUCAUCAUCGGACUCUGUGUUUCCGUCAUUCCGGACAGCGAGCAUCGCAAAGUCAAACAUCUCAGAGUGUUCUUCGUCACUGCAGCUUGGAGCAUCUUCGCCUACACCUGGCUGUACAUGAUCCUAGCUGUGUUUUCUCCAGGGGUGGUGGAGGUGUGGGAGGGGCUCCUGACGCUCUUCUUCUUCCCCAUAUGCGUGGUGUUUGCGUGGGUCGCAGAUCGGAGGCUCCUCUUCUACAAAUAUGUUUAUAAAAGGUACCGAGUCGGGAAGCAGCGAGGAAUGAUCAUCGAGACGGAAGGAGGUCCGGAACAUCAGUCGAAAACUGACGUGGAAAUGGACGGACAGAUGCUCGGCUUUCUCGAAGGAGCUGUGGAAAUGCCCGUGGAGAUGGAUGAGGAGGAAACCAGGAGAGAAUUGGCAGGGAUUUUAAAAGACCUGAAACAGAAAUAUCCAGAAAAAGACAUGGAGCAGCUUGUGGAGAUUGCUAACUACCAACUUCUCAACCAGCAGCAGAAGAGUCGAGCGUUUUAUCGCUGCCAAGCUACGAGGCUUAUGACUGGAGCAGGAAACAUCUUGAAAAAACAUGCAGCAGAUCAGGCCAGGAGAGCGCUCGGCACCUACGAACUGCGAUCUGAAGUCUCAGAAAAUGAUCUCUCCUCAAAGAUCUUCUUUGAUCCGUGUUCGUACCAGUGUUUGGAAAACUGUGGCUCAGUUGCUAUGAACGUGGUCCGGCGUGGAGGAGACUUGACGAGCACGGUUUCUGUGAGUUACAGGACGGAGGACGGCACCGCCAAUGCCGGCUCCGAUUACAGAUUCACAGAGGGGUUCAUUGUUUUCAACCCAGGUGAGACUGAGAAGGAAAUCCGAGUGGAGAUCAUUGAUGAUGACAUCUUUGAAGAAGAUGAGCAUUUCUUGGUCCACCUGAGCAAUGUCAAGGUUCUGUCUGAGGGAACAAACCACCAGGAUUCCAUGUCCAAUCAUGUGGACAGCCUGGCAGGACUCGGACUUCCGUCCACCGCCACGGUGACCAUUUUUGAUGAUGAUCAUGCUGGGAUCUUUACGUUUGAGGAACCAGUGAUGCACGUGAGCGAGAGCAUCGGGGUGAUGGAAGUAAAGGUGGUGAGGAUGUCUGGAGCUCGAGGGGUUGUUGUAGUUCCAUAUAAGACAAUCGCAGGGACCGCGAAAGGGGGAGGCGAGGACUUUGAAGAUACUUAUGGAGUCCUGGAGUUCCAGAACGACGAGAUCUCUAAAUCUGUUCAGAUCAAUAUAAUUGAUGAUGAGGAGUACGAAAAGAACAAGAACUUCUUCUUGGAGAUUGGAGAGCCGCAGUUGGUGGAGAUGAGUGACAGAAAAGCUGUCUUACUGCAUGAGUGUGGAGGCUUCAUAAAGACAGAUAAGCAGUUGUUCGGGAGAGACGUGUACAGGAAAGUGCAGGGUAGAGAUAACCCUGUCCCCUCUGACAUCAUCACCAUCACAGAUGGAGGGAAACAUUCUCGCUCUGAGAAGGAGGAGGAGGAGAUGAGGAUCGCUGAGCUGGGAAGGCCAACAUUAGGAGAAAACUCUCGACUCGAAGUCAUCAUUGAGGAGAGCUAUGAGUUCAAAAGCACAGUAGAUAAAUUAAUAAAGAAAACAAAUUUGGCUCUCCUGGUGGGGACAAACAGCUGGAGAGAGCAGUUUGUGGAGGCCAUUACAGUCAACUCAGGAGGCGACGAUGAUGAUGAUGAUGAAGAGUGUGGAGAAGAAAAGCUGCCGUCGUGUUUUGAUUACAUCAUGCACUUCCUGACCAUCUUCUGGAAGGUGGCGUUUGCGUUCGUUCCUCCCACUGACUACUGGAAUGGUUGGGCAUGCUUCAUCGUCUCCAUCUGCAUGAUUGGCCUGCUCACGGCCUUCAUCGGAGAUCUCGCCUCGCACUUCGGCUGCACCAUCGGCCUGAAGGACUCGGUCACCGCCGUGGUGUUUGUGGCCCUGGGCACCUCCGUCCCGGACACGUUUGCGAGUAAGGUGGCAGCGAAACAGGACCAGUACGCGGAUGCGUCCAUCGGGAACGUGACGGGGAGUAACGCGGUGAACGUGUUCCUGGGAAUCGGAAUAGCCUGGUCCAUCGCCGCCGUCUUCCACCAGUGGCACGACCGGGAGUUUCGUGUGGCACCGGGAACGCUUGCCUUCUCCGUCACGCUCUUCACCAUCUUUGCCUUCAUUUGCAUUGCCGUGCUCAUGUACCGCCGCAGGCCCAGCAUCGGGGGCGAACUGGGGGGGCCCCGGGGGGCCAAGAUCCUCACCAGCGGCCUGUUCUUCAGCCUCUGGCUCCUCUACAUCGUCCUAUCCUCACUUGAGGCCUACUGCCUUAUUAAGGGCUUCUGAGCAUGCACACACACACACACACACACACACACACACACACACACACACACACACAGAACAUCCCAGCCUUUAUUUAAAGAGAUUCACUCAUUGCGUUAUCAUGGACCAGACACGUGUCUGUCUCUCAGAUGUCUCCAGCAUUGGGAAAAUCCUCUCCGAGUGUGAGGUGCCACACCCACUCUGCUCUGAUCAGCAGGAAAAGGAAUUUCAGUAGUGUUUAUGUAAACAUACUGAAGGUGUGUGUGUCUGUGUGUGUGUGUGUGUGUGUGUGUGUGUGUGUGUCUCCACUCCACAGAUAGGUGAAGUUUUAGGACUUUAGUAUCACCAGGAAUAAUUUUUUUUGCAUCUUUAAUCCUUUCAAAGUUGUAAUUAGAGGUGUGUGUGUGUGUGUGUGUGUGUGUGUGUGUGUGUGUGUGUGUGUGUGUGAUGUCAGCAGGAUCUGAAUGAAGGUGUGUUUGUAAUAAAUAUGUGAAUAUACAUAAAUAGAAUUCCUUCACUCAGCCAUGCCCUCUCACUGAGACUCCGCCCCUUGACUACUCAGACCUUCACUCAGCCAUGCCCUCUCACUGAGACUCCGCCCCGUGACAACUCAGACCUUCACUCAGCCAUGCCCUCUCACUGAGACUCCGCCCCUUGACAACUCAGACCUUCACUCAGCCAUGCCCUCUCACUGAGACUCCGCCCCUUGACAACUCAGACCUUCACUCAGCCAUGCCCUCUCACUGAGACUCCGCCUCCUGGUAAUUUAUCAUGCCAUUCUACCCCCUGCCCAGGAGUCUGAGAGCAUUAAUAACCACUGCUCAUAUUUCAGGAUAAAACACACACACACACACACACACUCACACUCACACACACACUCAGGGAGUUAACCCACUGUUGAUUGAAUCAGAGUGAGUUUUUUUGCUUUUGUGUUAUUUGAUCUGAUUAGGUUUCACUUUGUCUUUGCACCUAAUAAAGUUUUUGAAAACGAUUGAAAAGGG